GCGAUGGGCGGCGCCAUCUUGGGGGCGACGGGAGCCGCUCGGGACCAAACGUCCUUCCGCCCGCCGCCAUGGGGUCGCGGGAGCCCUGCCGCCGGCUGGAAGCGGUGCUCGGCGCCCUCUACGACCUGGGUGAGGAGCGCGGUGCUCGGGGCGCGGCGAAGGACAGCGAGGCGAGCGUAGGGGCGGCGGCGGCGGCGAAGAAGAAGAAGAAGGAGAAGGAGGAGGAGGAGAACCGAGGACCGCAGCCGGCGGCGGGCGGGCGGCGGGGAGCCCGCGACUUUUUUGGGGAGCUGCGGGCUGAGCUGGCCGCCGCCGGCCCGCCGCCCCCCGCCACGCCGCCGGCCGUGGAGGUCGUGGUGUUUCGCGGGAGGAAGAGGAAGGGGCGGCCCAGCCCCUCGGUAGCACCCACCGGAGGUGCCCAGACCAAAAGAGUGGAUGAAGAUAAAAAUGUGAACGAACAAGAAUUUAACUUUGAAAAAGCUCGUCUGGAAGUACACAAGUUUGGAAUCACUGGCUACAAGAAGCAGGAACAACGUAUAUGGGAACAGGAGCGUGCUAUCAUGCUGGGAGCCAAGCCCCCCAAAAAAGAACAUGUGAACUACAGGACUUACCAGGAGAAAAUGAAAGAGAAGAAAAUGGCAAAGGAGUAUGAUAAGGGAAAGCAGGAACAUAAAGGUGAUUCUCUCAAGAAGAAGAAGAAAGAACAGAAGGAGAGGAAGGCCAAAAGGAAGAAAUCAGUGCCUAGCAUUUGGCCUGCAGGACAAGUUGGAAAAUUCAGGGAUGGGACCUUGAUUCUGCAAAGCCAUGACAUAAAGAAAAUUAAAUCAUCUAAAGUUAUCAAAUGAACCUAUGAUACAGAGCAAAAUGGACAAUAUACAUAAGAUAGAAUUCACAUUGCUACCAACACAGAUUUACAGAGCCUGUCGCCUUUCUGCCAUGUCCUAAUUUUUUUACCUUAUUUGUUGUUGCAGGAUUUUCUACAUUCCAUUCUGACUUGGGAAGAAUAUGAAAAUUUACUGUUUUAUAAAUAAAAAUAAGACUUUAUAUUAAGAACUUUACACAGGCUAUUUUUAUUAGUCAAUACACGCUAAAGAAAGCAUGUAACUUUCUGGAGUCAGCUUCUUGGCCAAAAGUAAAAUGUCCACUUAAUCCAGUAAUUAAUGGAUUAAAAUAUAUAGCUCUUCACUUUCAUCUGGAAGGAAUAUGGAAAAAACAAUACCUUACUUGCUCUGAAGCUGAAGUUGUUAUUCUCAAACAUUUAUUGGGCGUACAUCUGUUUCUGUGACUUUAUGAAUUGUUAGUGGAUUGUGGAACUGCACAACUAGUUUUCCUGUUCGGCAAAACCUCUCACAGUUUCAAAAUUAUCUGCUUUGGAAUAAAACCAAGAUUUUCUGAAUUUUUGUCCCAAA